AUGACGACAUCAGAUGAGAUGGACGGCCUGUCCGCCGACCCACGGUUCCUCGAGUUACAAGAGCAGCUGAGGGACGCUGUCUUUACUGGAUUAUCCACGCUGAGUCCGAGCCGCUGGGCGACGCCAGAACCCCAAGCGACCCCCGCUGCCCCCCACGACAACAGCGAACAGCAGCGGAAGAAUCGACGUCUGGACUACGCCAGCACCAGCAUUCCCCAGGUCCGCCUGAUAAACUACCUUCGCAACUGGGUCACUGAAUGUGCACCGUACCUGGACAAAUUCGAUGAGGCCCGGCAUUUUCAGAUCCAGGUGCCCAUCCUGGCACAGAAGUCACCGGCACUCUUCUACGCAAUUCUUGCCUUCUCAGCCCGCCAGAUGGAGAGACGGAACCCCUCACUGCCUGAGAGCUACGACAGCCUGGAGCUGUACCAGCAAAGCAUAUUGGCAUUGGGCCCCAGCCUGCAGGCGAAGGAUCCAAGCAUCCUUGUGACCGCAUGUAUCCUUGCUGUCUUCGAGCUGAUGGCUGGCAGCUCCAAGGACUGGCGUCGGCAUCUAGAAGGUUGCGCUGGACUCUUCGAGUUCUUUGGGGUCAACGGCUUCUCGGGCGGCCUACCUCAGGCCGUGUUCUGGUGCUAUGCUCGGAUGGAGGUUUGUGGCGAGAUUAUCUCCUCCGGGACUGAGACAACCAUGCUACCGCUCGACAGAUGGAUCCCCAGACCGGACAACGCCGCAACCCAUGUGUCGCUCGAGGAGUCUGGACAUGCUGUCGACACCUACGUUGAGGAGCUCUUCUGGCAACACAGCCAAGGUUCCCGCGACAUGUACGCCAACUGGGCUCUGUAUCUCUGCGCCGAAGUGUGCAACCUGCGAUAUCGACUCGUCCGCUACCUUGGUCUCGGAGAACAAGACGAGUCCGACAACAGACCAUUUACCAAGCGAUGGGAGCAGCUAUGGUUCAGGCUGCAAAGGUGGUACGACCGGCGUCCUCGUCCCAUGAUGCCCAUUAUAGACGCCAAAGCAAAGACUGCAGAGGGCCAUCUUUUCCCCACGAUUCUCUUCUCUCACUGGGCCGCCAUAUCGAGCAACCAACUCUAUCAUGCCGCCUGCAUCCUCAUGCUCGAGAUGCGCCGCUCGAACAGCGUCACGCCCGAGUUCUCCGCUGUGUGGCAUGCUCGCCGAAUCUGCGGCAUAUCGGGCUCGAACCCCCACCUUGGCAGCUUGAUCAACGCUAUCCAACCUCUUUACUUGGCCGGCAAGAUCUUCACCCACGUCUCCGAGCGUCGCGAGGUCGCCAGAAUUCUUCUCCAUAUCGACCAGGCUACUGGUUGGGGCGCGCUCUGGCGAUUGAGGGAUCUGGAUGCCGAGUGGGGCUACGAACCCGACGAGAUGUUGAACAUGGUGAGAGGUGGUGCGACCUCCCCCACAGCCGUCGCGUAG